GCGCGUCAGGUGAGGAUGGCGAGCGGGCCGGAUGGGCGCUCGGUGGCCUGCACUAGCAGCACCAAGCUACCACCACCAGUUGAAGACAAGAUGUUGUGGCGUACAGACAUACUAGUCCUCUUUGUGGGACUUGCGAUCUCCGCCGGUAAUGCGGAGAAUUUAAAGAAGUUUCCAGUACUGAUGCCUCACGUAAAGCCUGAGCGGGCCGAGACGUACUUCUGCACGCCUAUAAGGAUCGACCCCAGCCAGGAGUACUACAUCACGGCCUUCCAACCCAAUGCCACCAUGGAUACCGCCCACCACAUGCUACUCUACGGCUGCGAGACGCCGGGCUCCAAGGAGGAAGUCUGGAACUGCGGCGAAAUGGCCUUGGCGCAGCCUGGUAUCGCCUCCGCCCCAGUCUGCAAAACUGGUUCGCAAGUGAUCUAUGCGUGGGCUUUGGACGCCCCGAAGCUACUGCUGCCUGAGGGCGUGGCCUUCAAGGUGGGAGGGAAGUCUUCCAUUCAGUACAUCGUCCUUCAGGUCCACUACGCCUCCGUCGAGAAGUUCAAAGAUGGCAGCACUGAUGACUCUGGAGUGUUUUUGUACUACACCGAGAACCCGCAACCUAAGUCAGCUGGAGUACUGCUGAUGGGGACAGGCGGCCGCAUCAACCCGAACAGCGUGGAAUACAUGGAAACCGCGUGCACCAUUAAUGAGAACAAGGUGAUCCACCCCUUCGCCUUCCGCACUCACACCCACGCCCUCGGCCGCGUGGUAUCCGGGUACAAAGUGUCGCGCCAAGGCUACACUGACCGCUGGCAGCUCAUCGGCAAGAUGGACCCACAGCUGCCCCAGAUGUUCUACCCCGUGGCCGAGGACAUGGUGAUCCGUAAAGGCGACACUGUGGCCGCUCGCUGCACCAUGGAGAGCAAGAGGGAUCGCAUCACCAGGAUUGGAUCCGUCAACGGUGAUGAAAUGUGCAACUUCUACAUCAUGUACUGGACGAUGUCCCCCGAGGCCUUGGAACUGAAGUAUUGCUUCAGCCUUGGCCCGCCUCUCUACCGCUGGCAGCACCAGUUCAACAUGCUGCCGCUGGACGCCUCCACCCUGCCCGCCGACUCGCCUCGCCCUCGCCACCAUCAUCGCCAUUUCUAGGAUGAGCCGGGGGCGGGAUGUUGUUCUGCCUCUGUUCAUCCCGAGCACUCUCUCUCGGAACUUCCUACAUUACAUCUUCCUUAUAUUCUUCCAAACACUACGUAACUCUCCAGACCCCACAAACGAGCUUCAUGAUCCUUCCGUCACCACCAGUACGACGGAAAUUACCUAUUCCUUUCUCCUUUCGUGUAUCAUAAGUGGUGUGCAUUUUCCUCUGAGUAACUAUAGAGAAGAAAGCAGAAAGUGGUGUGAUUUUAAUAGAGUUCGAAGAUUUCUCAGUAAUUCUCUCAGUUCUCACAAGUGCGGGAAGUCCCUUAGCAUAAUACUUGUCAUAAUUUUCUGUAGCGCACUCUGUUCCCCUCAAACCAUCCUCUCCUCACCCAGCCACUAUCCUCCGUAACAUAACCAUGUUCGCCUCGAGGCUAUUGACGGGUGAGGCUCAGGUUAAGACAGGAAGGCGCAGCGUGACUCCUGCUCGUGGUCGAGUUUAAUCCCAGCUGCUGUUGUUGCUGCACUACAGUCAAAGAAGGCCUAGUCAUUAAAUGUGACAGGAAAGUUACCGGUCUUCAAAGUAUUAUUAGAAUUAGUUAAAAGAUGUCAUAUAUUUUAUCACCCAAUAUUAUAUUACCGUUUAGAACUACGUACUGUUCCUUAGACCAAAAUCUUAAGAAGAGCUCAUAUAUAUAUAUAUAUAUAUAUAUAUAUAUAUAUAUAUAUAUAUAUAUAUAUAUAUAUAUAUAUAUAUAUAUAUAUAUAUAUAUAUAUAUAUAUAUAUAUAUAUAUAUAUAUAUAUAUAUAUAUAUAUAUAUAUAUAUAUAUAUAUGUAUAGUUUAUUUAUAGAGUAUGAUGUGAUGUGUAUUAUAUACGUAAAUAUAUAUACAGUAUACAUUAUAAUCCGAUUGCCACAAUCUGUGCCGAGGUGUCUCGGUAGAGGGUGUGGCUUAGACGCCGGGCGGGAGGGCGGCGGCGGUGGUGUUGUUACCAAAGAAGUGCGGGGCGAGGCGGGGCGGCGCCCAUAGCCCAACACACCGCCAUGGUUGUAAAGGAGUCGCAGGUUGUCUCGACCCUGACCCACAAAUUUCCUGACAAAUGUAUUCAUGUUAUGGUAUAACAUAUCAUAACGGAGUCAUAUUAUUUUUCAGUAAGAAAUAAAGGAUGAGGAAAAUACGACGAGCAUUGCGAUGGAAAUUUUCUUUCACAUAUUACAUAUUUAUCUGAAGUUGAAUUAAUAAAUCUAUUUAUUGAAACUUGUUUUCAUUAAUAAUAUCAACAUAACAAAACUCAGUUUUCAGUUUUGUUUAAGGCAAAAAUCUUUUUGAUCAUAAACUCCUUGACAGUCUUUCAAAGACAAAAUAAGUGAGUACGUAAAUGUUCAGCACAUAGAGUCCACUAGGCCGUCUUCGAACGGCAGGAAUCUGACAGCACAACAAGCGUUUGAGAACAUCAGUCAUAAUAAAUUACAGGCGAAUCAGUUGUUUCAGCAAAAAUAAUUAUCCAUUAAGUGCAAAUCAAGCAACGACAAAAGAGCGUCCAACCAUUACAAAUGAAUAGAAUACAUGGCCGGUUACCGUGGAGCACCAAGCCGGCACCGGCCGUCACAAGGAACACAGUAAAUCACGAACCUGCAAGAUUCUUCAUCACGUAACAAUAAAAUACAACACUGAAUACAACGUAAAGUAAUUAUGUAAAGUAAGCACGUGGCAAAGUAUUUCUGAUAAUUGGUAAUGGAGCUUGACAUAUUCAUAUAAAACUAUGAUUCUUCUGCUGUAGUCAUAAAGUACACUUUUCCAUCAUUGUACUUAUGCUUUCUCUAAUAAACAGCAAAGCAGAGCAUCAUGACGUAAUUCAGGAAAGGUUCAUCAUAUUACCCAUUUGGAAUGUUAAGGAAAAAGCCGUUGUUCAUCGUCAGUAAUUUAGAGAGAGAGAGAGAGAGAGAGAGAGAGAGAGAGAGAGAGAGAGAGAGAGAGAGAGAGAGAGAGAGAGAGAGAGAGAUUAAGCAAA